CGUCAAUACCCUUCCCUUCAACGUAUAUAUAACUUAGACGCUCUGCCCUCCUCUUUUGUCAUUUGAAGUAUUUGAAAAUUUGAAAUCAGCAACCAGCAAAUCAGGAAUCCAGAGAGACGAAGAAGAGAGAGAGAGAGAAAUGGAGAUGAUCGGAGAGGCGAAUAAAGGAGCGUCGGCGAUGGAGGCGUUCGAGAAGCUUGAGAAGGUGGGAGAAGGGACGUACGGGAAGGUGUACAGAGCGAGAGAGAAGGCGACUGGCAAGAUCGUCGCCCUCAAGAAGACUCGCCUCCACGAGGACGAGGAAGGCGUCCCUCCUACCACUCUCCGCGAGGUCUCCAUUCUCCGCAUGCUCUCCCGAGACCCCCACAUCGUCAAGUUGAUGGAUGUGAAACAAGGGCAGAACAAGGAAGGAAAGACUGUACUCUACUUGGUGUUUGAGUACAUGGACACUGAUCUCAAGAAAUUCAUCCGCACCUUCCGUCAAUCUGGAGAGCAAAUUCCCUCCCCCAUCGUUAAAAGCCUGAUGUUCCAACUUUGCAAAGGUGUUGCCUUUUGCCAUGGUCAUGGAAUUUUGCACAGGGAUCUUAAGCCUCACAAUCUCCUGAUGGACCGUAAAACUAUGAUGCUUAAAAUUGCAGAUCUUGGACUUGCUAGAGCUUUCACUGUGCCACUCAAGAAGUAUACUCAUGAGAUAUUGACCCUUUGGUAUAGGGCUCCUGAAGUCCUCCUGGGAGCUACACACUACUCAACUGCAGUGGAUAUUUGGUCUGUUGGCUGUAUAUUUGCUGAACUUGUCACGAAGCAAGCAAUAUUCCCUGGGGAUUCUGAACUGCAGCAGCUCCUGCAUAUAUUCAGGUUGUUGGGCACUCCAAAUGAGGAUGUGUGGCCAGGUGUCAGUAAGCUCAAGGACUGGCAUGAGUACCCCCAGUGGAGUCCCCAAAGUUUGGCAAAGGCUGUUCCCAAUUUGGACGAAAUGGGGCUGGAUCUGUUGUUGCAAAUGUUGCAAUACGAUCCUGCUAAACGCAUUUCAGCAAAGGCAGCUAUGGAGCACCGUUACUUUGAUGGUUUGAACAAGGAUUCUCUCUGAAGAGGCACGAUGAAGCAUACGUGGAUCGGGAUGGGUAACAGAGAUGCGCUCUGUAGUAGUACUGAGUUCUAUUUGCUCUCCUCAAGCAUAUUUGCAUUGUGUUUAUAAAUCUUUAGGAUCUAUUAGAACAAGCAUAUUUGCUAAUCCAUAGGAUUCAACAACUCAACAAUCUCAAGCAUAUUUUUAUGUUCAGUUAGAAGAUUGAUGUAAUGUUUUGCUUUAAUGGGUAUGCUUUAUAGUUUUACAUUCGCGCAAUGAAAAUUGAGUCAUUGGUACUGGAGCGGAAGCAAUUGGUAGACCCAAAACCAAUGUAACUAGCAAAUUACACAUGAUUAACCAAAGCCAAUCAGUAGAUUCAUUUCA